AUGGCUGUCGCUGCCGGCACACAAGCCCUCAUUGCAACAUUUGCAUUUGGCCUUGUCGCUUUGGCAUCUACCAGCACCGCAUGUCUCUUCACCUUUGGCAACCGCCGCCUCAGAGGCAACGCCCCCAUUCAGAAUGGGCUGAGGCUGGUCCUCGUAACUUUUCUUCUCUCUGCCGCCCUUUGGAGCAUCAUGGAUUUCGCGGCUACUUUAAUCACCGGCGAUGCCAACCCCUCCUGCCAAGUCCUCGUCUCCGUUGCCGCCGGCUUCGAUCAGCUCGCACGUGUCGCCUUUGAGCAGUUUCUCCUCGUACGAAUCAAGUCAAAGAGCAUUUACAAGAGCAUCUACGUUCUGCAGGCCUUCAUUCCGGUGCGCUUCAUAUUAGGUGGUGUCUUGAUCGCUGUCCAGCGCCCCCAGACCUAUCCCGUCUGCAUCGCCAAGAAUAUUCUACUUCCCCUCGGUAUUGCGACGCUAGUCACGGACGCUGUGAUUACUUCUAGCCUUGCGCCGGCCAGGAUUGUUUGUUUCUUGACAGCCGGCUUUGCCGCCUGGCUAGCUACGAGCAUUCCCAUGAUAUUCGGUCUUGAAAUUUUCUCACUUGCCUCUCGUACCGUUGUUCCCUCGGUUGGGCUGCUGAUUCUGAUAGGUCUCGUAGCGCUCUUUAGAAGACAUGCUCUUAUUGCAGACUCCGAUUUACAGCUUUCGCCUUCCACAAUCGAUACUUCCAAAGCUUUGCCAAGCCGACCAACUGAAAAUCGCAAUACAGCCAUGUCUCAGGAAGUCUUCAACAGGCCUUGGGGUGGCCCACCACCUAAUGUUGCGCAGACACAAAGACCCAGCACCGGACCUCUUCCAAUGCCCAAAGCAGGUUCUAGAGGAGUCGAUAAUGCCUUGCCAAUCAUCAAUCGACCGGCUCCUGGCCAGACGGAACGAGGAGUUGGUGGAGUUCCUGUUCAAGGGCAGUUAUUCCCACCUACACGCGCAAAUACAGCUCCGGUUGUGCUCCAGAACCCACCAAAGAAACAACCAAAGGGAAAGUUGGCCAUCUCAAACCCCAUAAUUCGCCAGAGUAGCGCUCUCAAGAUUCAGGACAAGAUUGCCACGGUAGAUCUGGCCCUGGCUGCAAAAAAUGAACAGCAAAGGAGAGGCGCGGCACCUGGAGCCGUUGUUUUGGAUAGAGCUGGCCAAACUCAGUCUCUGACAAGGAAGAAUCUGGAUGCCAGUUUAAAACGAAAACAAGUUGGCAGCGCCGGUGCUGUGCCGACCUUUUCAUCCGAGCGCUCCGUCCUACUGCCCAACUCUGCGACGACCGCUACGCAACUGUCGCCACGCGAAGAUGAGCUUCGCCGCCGAUCCCCUCGCCCACCACGCGACUCCUCUAAGAUGCUCCUAUCACCUCCCCCCCGAUCUCCAAAAAGACCUUCCGGUUCAGCCUCGCAAAAACCAAAUAAUGCGCCUCCCCUGAUACCACCUCAGAGCCCAUUGAGAAGGAGUGCACCGGUCAAAUCGGUUCUGCGCCCUACUUCUGCGAUAUUCAUCGACUCUGGCAGGCCACCCGCGAUUCCGAUGAACCUCAGACAAAAUAAUAGCAACUGGUCAGACUCCAGUCCCGCGGUCAGUCCGCUUGUUCCUAGGGUUGAACCACUACCGAUGCCAUUGCCUCGAACGCGGUCUGAUGCAGCGCCUUCCGCCGCCUACAAAAGUGCGGCCGCCGCUGCCGCUCGUGCAUCCGUUCUAACUCGCGGUGGUACGGGAUCUGUAAGAAGAGAUAUUCGGCCAUCAAGACAGCGGCCCGAGUCGCCGAGUAUCGACAAACAGGAUCCUGCCCCGGCGAAAACUCCUGUGCAACUCCGGUCGGCCAAUGGAAUUCCAAUGAAUCCAAGGGCACGGCCAGCCAGAGAUCCAUCAGGCGAUAUAGGAGAGCGUACGCAAACAAUCAUGUUUCCUACUAAAAUUGAUCUUGGCGGAGCUGGACAACCAGUCUCGCGCCAGAUCUUUGCUCUAUCGUUAGCCAGCUCUUCUGCUUCUACAGAUUCUAUCGUCCAUCGCCCAAGGCCAAUACCUCGCAAAUCUUCAAUCUACAAGGCUGAUUUCACCAUAAAAGUCUCACCCACGGUCUAUCGACAUCGACUUUCGCGGUCCCUUGGCUCAAUCGAGCUGCCGCGAGGAAGUAUGGAGUCGGGUUCGGAUUCCAUUUUGCGUAUUCCUUCUUUCCCACAGCCCCCCAAGAGCGCCUGUGCGGUUUUAGCACUAGGCAGUUAUAAAAAGAGUUCUGACAGUGCAAGCAAGGCAGUCACUCCCGGCAGCAUUAACGAAUCUCAUAAUGACAGUGUUAGCUUUUCUGCUGACAGAACCCCAUCCAAGGCCGCAGGCACUGUUCCCAAAUCGGCAUUUUCAGAAUCUACAGAAUUCGGUAGCAGAUCCAACAUGGAACCCGACUCUGCUUACGAUAACCGGCGGCAGUCCUCUCCAGUACUUCCAGUCGAAGAGAUGCCGCAAAUUUCAGACGAUAACGCGCGAGUGUCGCGGCCAAGCAGUGCACGGUCAGUCAGAAGCACUGCCUCACAGCACAACGACGAAGAGGAAAUCGUUCCCAUGGUUCUGGAUACAGGAUCAAGAGGUUCAUUCAGCGGUCCCAGCUUCCAAAGAAACUCCUUGGCACAGCUGGAUGGAUGGCAUCGUCGUCUGGGCGAUGCGUUGCCGACAUUUUCGGAUCGCAAAGAUGGUGGGCCAUCACCCCGGCGUACGCUGGUACCAGCUCCCCUUCAGCUCGGCAAAUCUAGCAACCCGACCAGGAUUGUUGAGUCGCAGGCACCACCCCUGGAGUCUCCCCAGCAUGCGCUCGACCUAAUCCAGCAGCAACUGAAGGAUCUAGAUGAGGCUGACUCAGAAACCGGGGUUGAAGAUAAGCAGCGUCGCAGGCUGCUGGAAAAUCUGGAAGCAGAAAUGGGUGCGCAAGAGACGCACUGGCAAGACAUUCGUCGUAAUUUAGCAGACCGAUCGCCGUCGUCUACCAGAUCCUCUCUUUCCCUUGUGCCGAGCGGAGAUUUGCAUCUCAGGUCGCCCCGUCCAUCUCCAGCAUUGAGGUCGCAUAAUCCGGCUGUACCAGUGAUAGGUAGGGGAGCGGACCCUGUUAGCGCCCCCGGGAAGCACACCUUAACCCCGGCUGACGAGAAAUCCAACCGUUCGCCCAGCGAGCUUACUCGUCGGAGCAACUCUGGUUUCACCGAACAGCGCUCGGCCCAGGAUAUCUCCGGUGGAGUGGAAAACCGAGCCAAAUUCGGCAAGUCAGCGUCACGCAAUACAGACGGUCUACCGUCUGUAACUAUGACAAGUGCUAUAUCUACCCACCGCCAGCUCACGAACAACCCAACUUCGCCAGACUUUGAUAAAUUCGAACAACAAGUUGAAAACGACGAGCAACCGGACUUUGCAUCUGCCAAACUAAAUAAUUACAGCGCCUGGACUCCUGGAUCCGUCAAUCUCGCGGCUGUCGAAAAAACUCCACUUCCGGUAUCGCACUGGAGCAUCGACUCAGAUACCGCCGCUGUGUUGCUUUCUGAAUCUUUGAAAGCCACUGUACAGGAUCCCGGCCACCCGGCCAAAACGGUUGCAGGCACUUUGUCUGUGAUUGGGGACGUGAAAGCAACGCAAUCGCCACAAAGGAUUGAUCAAGUAAUCGGAUCACCCACCACCUCGUCACCCACCUUGCUGCAUCAGGAAAGCCUUGUUUCACCUGCAGUUUCGGAGCAAACCACACAAAGUCCGCGCCGCCCAGUCACGCAAAAGCCGCCGCGAAGAAGCAAAAGGAUUACCUUGCUUCCCGAUAUCCUUGAAAGCCCGCAACCUCUUGACAACAAACGCGGCACUCUUGGAAUUUUCCAGUUUCCUUGGGGGGAAACUUCUGACAUUGCGACACUCCAGCCGCAACUAUCCUCGGUAUAUUCAGUACCACUUCCCGGUACGACACUGAACGAACUUGCUUUCAACCAAGGAUAUUAUUCUUCUCAAGUGCCUAGUUUGCCCUCUCAAACCUACCCAGCCUCUUUCUUUGACCACUACUCCGACGACGACGACCUCCCCGCCGCAGACAGUGACGGUAGUACCGGUGGCUACUCUGACGACGAAGACGAGGCGUUUGAUGAGACUACCUUGUGGGAAAUCGCCAACCUCUUGCGCUCCAACGAAAUUCCAUCCCGCAAUAGUCUGUUUCCAGGGUCUGAAGAAGAUCGACCCCCUUCGCGCGCCGGAUUUACUUCUGCCGACGAAGCAACCAUCUCAGCAGUCGGACACCUUCCCAUCGCCGACUUAGAGGAAUCUACUCUCGGCAGCGAGGACAACGAUCUCUCUCCUCCGCCACUUCUCGAAAACUCUCUUUGGAAACCCAAGACCAUGUACACCACCGCCACGAGAAGCGUGGGCCUCACCCAGCCGGAUGAGAUGACGUGGGGACGAUACCUCGGCAAACAAACUGAAACACUGCGUUCGGCACCCCGCAAGUCGGAGCCAGCCAUCAUCACCAGCACUUCUCUCUGGGCUCUCAAGCCUAAUCAAUCCGACGUGCAUGCUGCGGCAAACGGUCUCUGGCGGCCGACUGUGGAGGCAUCUAUUACUCCCUCGUCGACCGCUCCCUCGACUCCUUUCCUCGCCUCGCCUUUGCCCACAGAGUCUAGCACCGGCGACAUGUUUGCGCUGCCCAAGGUCACUACUCGGUCACAUGAGCUCUGGACGCCUUCUGCGCCAGUAGCCGUCGUGUCUUUUGGUCUACCGCAGGAUGAGCAGGAAUGGGGCCGCUACACAGUCAAAAAGUUUUCGCCCUCACGUCACAAACCCAGGCCCUCGGCGCAAGAUGCCAUUUACAGCACCAGUCUAUGGGUCAGCUCGAGGCCCGCCGCAGUUGCUCCCGUUCCCCCUCGCAAACCUGCAUCAUCGACCCAGCCGCUCUGGUCCAAGCCGGCCGCCUUCCCCGCCGAGCAAACCAAGGGCCUCUGGAAUGCUUCACACAUUCGACACCAGUACAGGACGACCGAUCAGCGUCCCGCGGCCCUGUACACGGCUCGCAAGCUGCGUACUGACCGCCGUCCGCUUCCCGCGCUGCGCUCCGCCUCACUCUGGUCGACGACAACGCAGACGCCCGCGCGGCAGGUGCCCGAUUGGCUGGCGCUCUCGACGACCCUGCGCCCCAUCUCCCCCGGCGGCGCAUCGUCGUCGGAUCAGGACCAGGACGACGCCGCCUCGGCCUCGUUUGACUCGAACUCACUGCGCUCUGAGGUAACGGCCGCCAGCUCCGUCGCCACGUCGAAGCAGUCGGCCGCACACCGUAAGACGGCGUCCAAGCAGGCCGCGCAGGAGGAGCUCGACGCGGCAUUUCGCGACGUAAUGCAAGCGGGUAAGCCCUCUGUGGCGAUGCCCGUGGCCGUUCCCGAGGAAGAGGACGCGGCGCAGGACAAGCAGGAGCUCGAGGAGGGGGGGCAGCCUGAGGAGAAAGAAGAGCCUCAGGAAAAGGGGGAGUCCGAGGAGGGGGGGCAGCCUGAGGAGAAAGAAGAGCCUCAGGAAAAGGGGGAGCCCGAGGAGAAGGAGGAGCUGUACUUUGACUCGAGCCGCUUGCAUCCCGUCUUUGCAGUCGACGUACUUCAUGCGAUCGAUGAGAAUGUGCAUCCUGCAGCGACAGGCUACCUACACUACGUGGUCAAUGGCGCUCCCAAACCUCGACGUCGUUGA